AUGGCCUCACCUCGUCCUGCCUCCCCUCUGACCUCGGGCGCUGAGUCCGGCCCCGACUCCAAGUCCCCUGGCUCCGGCUCCGGCGCUGCUGCCACCGGCUCCUCCAUCAGCCGUCCCUCCUCGCCCACUCCCCCCGGCGGUCCUCGCGCGGCUAUGCGCCGCCGUGCUGCCGCUGACCACAAGGAGUCUCUGCGCAAUGUCCGACCCAGCUCGACCCGCUCGGCCGGUGCUGGUGGCUCGUCGGGCACGAUGCUCAAACUCUACACCGACGAGAGCCCCGGUCUGCGCGUUGACCCAGUCGUGGUGCUGGUGCUGAGUCUGGGUUUUAUUUUCUCGGUUGUUGGACUGCACGUCAUCGCCAAGAUCACCCGCAAGUUCUCUGCGUAA